AUGCCGAUUAGAUCUACAGAACUCCUUCGCACAAUUCCUUGGGCUGUACCAUAUCAGGAUGAUGGGAAAGGCCCUUUUGAACACAGUGAGCUAGAUACCCCCGACUUUGCCAUCAUUCACUCGCUCGCCUCUGUUUCAUUGACCGUUUGGGAAGCCUUGAAUGUCAACCUCAAUGUUGGAGAUGGCAAAACUUAUGGUGUUAGAAACUUGCUUUGUAGCAAUCGAAUGGCCCUUAACAGCAGUUCAGAUCGUCCAUGCUACUACGUCCACCCUUCCGAGGCUGACUUAUAA